GAUACAGAGAUCAUGGAUAAGGAGCCAAGGAUUGAAUUUAAAGAUGUUCCACAAGCACGACCUCAGCCAGUCAGGAUUAUUUCAGCUCUGGCUGAAAAACCUAGUGAGCCUAAAGAGUUUUCAAAGCCAGUGGAGGAGACUCGUGCACGUGCUGUGUUUACAGAGUCGUCUGUAUCUGUGACACACAAUAUUUCUGAGAAGGGCUCUUCCAAAGUACAACAAUCGCAGGAGACCAGCACUUCUAAUACUAAACAGAACAGUGUUCCUCCACCUUCACAAGCUAAGUCCGAAGAGAGCUGGGAAUCCCCAAAACAAGUGAAAAAGAAGAAGAAAGCUAGAAGGGAAACGUGAUUUAAUUUUUUUCCUCUAGCCAUCUUAAAAACGUAUUCAGGCAGUGUCUUGGAGAAUAUGCUGUUUAUGCAAUAAUUUGUGAACAUGAACAGAAUUUUAUAUACAUUUUGUCUGAAUUUUUAAAACUGCUGUCAGCCUGACCUUGUUUAAGAAAGAAAAAAGGAACUUAAGUUUGAAUUACAAGGUCAACUAAACAUGCAAAAUUACUGGAAGACACUUUAAAGAUCAUGUCCUUUCUUUGCCAGCUUGGAACCUGUAAUUUGAUAUACAAAAGACUUAAAUUCCUGAUUUUACAAAAUGGUGACCUGUUUACACUCAUAUCGUGCCCUGCCUUGUCUCUCAAACAGAGGAAAUAACAAGUGAUUUUCUGAUUAUAGCAGUUCUGCCAUGUCAAUAUGGAAAUUCAUAUACAGUUUUUGUAAUUUUAUACCUAUACUGCUAUUGUGUAAGCAAUAGCAAUCUGCAACCCCCAAUGACAUCACAAGUGCAAGUAUUACAUGGGAUUAAAACCCAUAUGGUCUAGCUUUCAAUAGGAAGUUCAAUUUUGAAGAUUUUUUUUUUAUUCUUGUAUUUUUUCUUUAAUCCAUCUGCCAUUUCCCCCAGUAUGACUUUUUUUCCCAUUUUUUUUAGAUGAAUAUUUUAAUGUGUGACAUGGUUAUUUAAUACUUUCAUGUUGUAUUGUUGUCUGUUAAAGUAUAAUACAAAUGGUUUGACCAUGGUAUUGUUAUUCAGAGCCCUGUUUUGUACAUGAGAUGGCUCAAUGCUGUUUCUUUGUUCGAACCAAACCAAAAAUGAUUUCUUACAUUCACAUCUAAUCAGAGAACAAAGUUUUUAUUCAUUAGUAUUGAGCGUUUUUGAAUAGGAUGGUAGUUAAAGACAGCUUUAAUUCAUGUUGUCAAGAGCGCCAAUAAUCAGGAAUGUUUUUUUUUUUUUACUGCCUUAACUUGUAGUAUGUAACACAUACAGUAUAUGUAGAGUUCAUGAACAGGAUUAGUGUUUUUUUAUAUCAAAGAUAAUGCAGCUUUAGUUAUCAAAGGAAUUCCAGCUUGAAACUAGUGAUUUAAAAAAAAAAAUGGUGUUUCAGGGUUAUGCACCGUUUAGAUACUGUAAUUACAUUGCAAAAAAAACUGCAGCUAGCUAUAAAACAAACUUGCAUGGUAAAUCAGACAAUGUAAAUACCCUUACCAAAUUCACUUUUGACAAGGACCAGAAGUAAAAAUUACAAAAAGUUGUGUAUAAAAAGCCAUGUAAUAUGUGAUGUGAUUUCCUUUAUUUAUAUGGUGCCUGAAUACACACUAAUUGCUGUAACCUACAGUACAGAUCAACUGUUUAUUAUGUCUCACAUGGCUGCAGUUUAACCUCGAAAUGGAAGACUUUGAAUCAAAGUUUCAUUAUAUGGGAAGGCUCCUUAUGAUUUUUUUUGUUUCCUAAUUAUACUAAUUUUUACACAGUUGUGUUAAAAAAAUAUUUCAGGAACAUGGCAUAAGUUUACAUGUUCAACAGUUCUUGUUUAAUUCAGUGAUAUUUCUAAGUUAAUUUGUUAAAAUAAAUCUUGCAAAUUCA